CCUACCAUUGUUUCUAGAUCUCUUGAGAAUCGCAGUUUGCUCUCUCCGCAGGAAUGCUUUGUCCUAUAGAAUCUUACGGGUUUUUUAUACGAAAAUAUCAUAUAUUGUAAAGGGGGGUUGUCUUGGAAUUUGAACUUGUUGGUCGCUUGUGAAAAACUUCGUAUACGACGAAUGUCAAAGAUACGGUUGUUCGUGAGUAUAUUGGCAACUGUGUUCUCAGUUUCCUCUGUGACUUCGGGACUGGAAGUGGACGCCCAAAAGAACUUCCAACUCCGAGAAUGUCGCCAAAGGUCCUGGAGAGGAGACAUAGGAUCGCUGCCCGCCAAUAAAAUCCUACCCGAUCAUCCCAACAAGGUCAAGGUUCUCUCCCGCAGUCGACGAUUCAUUGGGUGGCCGAAGGGGUCGACCUUAACAAUCUACACAGGCCUCACUGUGCCCCUGCACACUUACGUCAACGGAGACACAAUGAACCUGUACUUGGGCUUCCCGUUCACGCUGAAUCUGCCCAGUGGAAAGCUGGUUCUCAAAGGGACGACGACUACUACCCCUCCUCCACCGUCCUCUUACGGGCAUUAUGGGAACUAUUCCAGCGGUGGCAGCGGCCCCUACAACAAGCAAGACUUCCCUCAAGAUUCACAUUACAAUUCCUUAUCCAAGAGGUCCAUUGACUCUCAAAGACGCACAGGCUUCAGCAUAAUCCAGAAUGGACUCGAGAAUCUUGGCCUUCCUGGAAAGUCCUGCCUCAUGAGAGCAGUCUGCGAGGUAGCCGACCACCCCGUCUCUGAUCUCGGUUUGGUCGGAGACUUUCUGAACCUCUUCCUGGCAGCUGGCUACGGAGAGGGUUCUGAGGAGAUGGCCGACUUCGUCUCCGCCGAAGAUCUCGGCCGCCGUGAAGGCGACUGUGAAAGCAAGUUCUCCGACUGCCCUCUGCCCCUGGCAGACCUUCUUCAGAGCGGCCUCUCUUACCUACACGCAGGAUUGGCUGGAGCUGGUUCUCAACACGCAAGUUUCCUUUGACUCCUCACCUUCAAACACCUCUGGGUCUUAGUCUGUCGAAAAUGUGAACCAGAAAUCCUUCUUCAUAUCUGGUGAGGAUCGAACUAGCAGAAAGUGCGUCGGCAACACAGGGAUUGCAGAGACUGAGUGGCUGACUAGGUUGGGGAAGGUAUAUCUGGAUGAAAAACUGAAGCGAGUCACAUAAUAUUGGAUAUCUG